CAAUUCUUUGUGAUCUUGAGUUUCCGUGGUUCCCCACUUCUUUCAUAAUUUGCACGCUCACGCCGUCGAUGGGGGACGAAGAACGGCGCGAUUCGAUGGAAGCGACACCGUCACCCACGGAGGUGACACAUGAGGGACCGAAUGAUGUUGAGAACAACGAAGUGUCGCCGAGCGAAAAGGAAAGAAAAAUAGAAGAGGUCAUACGGUCCAAUGACGAAGACGAGGGCUAUCCAGAGGGUGGUCUCCGGGCUUGGUCCGUAGUUGCGGGCACCUGGGCAAUGAUGGCUUUUAGCUUCGGCUACCUGAACUCAUUCGGCGUCUUGCAAGAGUUCUACAGCAGAGACUACCUCAAGGAGUAUUCACAGUCGGACAUUGCUUGGAUCGGCGCCGUCCAGUACUUUUUCAUCUUCUUCAUGGGUCUCUUUGCAGGUCGUGCGUUCGACCUCGGCCUCAUGCGGGUUUUCCUGGCCUUUGCCAUCCUGCUCUUUUCUUUCUCGCAGAUGAUGCUCUCGCUCUCGACAAAGUACUACCAGAUCUUUCUCUCAGAGGGGAUAGCCCUGGGAAUCGCCUUUGGUCUUCUUUUCAACCUGAGCGUAUCGGCGCCCACGCACUGGUUCAAGCGUCGGCGAGCGACCGCAAUGGGUGUCCAAGCAAGCGGCUCAUCCAUGGGCGGGGUCCUCUUUCCCAUCGUCGUUCGGAGACUUAUUGACGAAAUUGGGUUUCCGUGGACGAUGCGCUUCAUCGGUUUCCUGGGCCUCUUCUGCCUCGGCCUCUCCUGGUUCCUCAUGAAGACACGCCUGCCUCCGCUCGUCUCCUACCGCAACGGAGGGUGGCGGCAGGUCCAAUGGGUAGACCUUUCGGCCUUCAAGAUGGGCAGCUACACAGCCUUUGUCUUUGGCUCGACACUCAUCCUUUUUGGUCUCUACACUCCGUUCACCUACCUCGACAUCUUCACACGCACCUACAACAUCCCUGCUGACGGCUACUGGCUCUCGAUUCUCAACGCCGCCAGCAUCUUUGGCCGGAUCAUUCCAGGUCUCAUUGCCGAUAAAGUCGGUCGCAUCAACACCAUUGUCCCGCACACGAUCGUUGCCACCAUCUUCCUCUUUGUUUUCCCGCUAUUCACCAAUCUCUCCAUGAUUGCAUUCACGCUCAUCUUCGGAUACUGCUCGGGCUGCUACGUCAGCCUCAUCCCUGCCUGCGUUGCCCAACUCGGCCCCAUCCACAACGUCGGAACUCGUUUGGGCAUGCUCUUUGCCGUCUCCUCCAUCGGUGGGCUCCUGGGCACGCCCAUCUCUGGCUUCAUUCUCGGUGACUCACAGCCGUACAACUGGUGGGGUGCCUUGGGCUAUUCUGGCGCAGUCGUCUGCGUCGGCGUGGCUUGUCUUGCCCUCUCCAGGAUGCUGGCCGUCAACUGGAAAUGGCGAGCGAAAAUCUAGUCUACAUCAUUAAUGGCAGCAUCCUAAUUCGCAAGCAAUGGACUCUUUU